AUGGCGGCCGUCGAGCAGCCAACGUCAACAACGUAUGCCCCGUUAAGCGACGCCGAUGAAGGUCUACCCCGCCCAGAGAGCAGGAGCAGAAGCACAAAAUCUCCGCGACUCAACGGCGCCGACGCGGUACGGCGGGACAGCACGACCCUGCCAGAGAUACAGAUGGCGCCGCCUGUCGACGGGGGAGAGACGGGGCUCCUAUCGCAGCGCAAUCUCGAGCAAGUCCCUAGAGCCAUGAAAGAGCUAGCGCCUCUGGUCGCCAUGCCUCCGCCGAGCGACGCCGCCGUUCACAGCAGGCUGGCCAAGCACCGCUACAGCCGGCUGGGACGGAACCUCCUCUUUGAGGCGCGACCAGCGGUGGUUCAUUUCGGAGGUUACGUCCUGGGCAGGGCUCACUCUCAGUGCGUUCGAGUCGUCAACAUCUCUCGCACCUCGCAACGCCUGCACAUCCUGGGGCCUGCCACGGACAACUUCAAGAUGCGGUGCAACAAAAAGGGGCUCGUUGCCCCUGGAUCGAGCGAGGUCAUCACCGUCGACUUCCACCCUCGGGAGCACCGGUACCACUACGACUGCUUGCGGCUGCACACGGACUCCGAAAACCUCCUCGUUCCUCUGCACGCCUACCCGGUGAUGAACGACGUAAUUUUCCCGGAGCGCCUGGAUUUCGGCGUGCACGCGCUCGGCGAAACCGUUCGCCGCGUCGUCAAGAUGGUAUGCAAGGUGCACAUCGAGCACACACCCGUCAGCGCCAGCUCGGCCGAGAUGCACCUCCUCGUCAGUGUCUCACAGUUCAACUUCACGCCCAUCGUGUGCGUGGUAACGGGAGCGGGUCGGCCCGGUGUAGUCAGAGAGACCGCCCUCGACGCAACGGCAUCAAACCUCGCCGAAGACAACGCCUUGCAAGACUCCCUCGGCCCUUGCCGGAGCAGCCGCGCGCGCGCGCAAGCUCGCAGGCUACGCGGCGAGAGAGAUCGAGAGCGGCAGCACCAUCGACAGCCGCACCGGUGGGGGCGUGACGCGGGUUCUAAGGGGAGCUUCAACACGGGAAAAACGCGGGGCCAUGGCGCCGGUUACGGUGACGGUAGUGGUACCGCCGCCGCUGACGGUGGUGAAGAUGGGGAGGGUUUCCAAGCUGCUAGGAGAGUUAGAGGGGCGGGUGUACGAAGGGGGAGGGGGACGGGUGUUUCGGCGGCAGAGGAAGGAUUGGAGGCGAGGCGGGUGGAGGCCGGUGACGCGGAGGAUGGCUAUGGGCUCGAUGGCGGUGUCGACGAUAGAUAUCUGGCGACUGCCGGGGAGGGUGCUGACUUGGUGGACACGUGGGGCAUGAGGCCAGCAUCUGCGGAACAUCACCCCUACGGUACGGGAAAAGGCUCCGGGGCGGUGUUCGACGCUGGAGGGGAGUGGCUGGCGGCUGAAAAAAGAGGGGAAAUGAGGCGACCGGUCGAGCCAUGGGUCCCGCCAACAGAAGGCAGCGUGUUCGGAUCGACCGUGAAAGGUCCGACUAAGACAACCGUCGUCGAGGGUCUUGUGAUUCCCUCCCGCCUCGACACCGUACAGGCUACCAACUUCGUUCUCACCCAGCAGCCGGGGAAGCUGAAACCAAAGGAUCUAAAGGAGGCCAUCAGGCGUACCCGCGCGGAACGGCAGCGGCAGCUCCAGGAGCAAGAAGCCCUUCGCUCUCUCACUCUUACGGCAUCCACCGAGCCUGACCAUGACGACGGAAACGGCGGCAGUGGGCGAAGGAGCGGUCGUGGGGAUCCGAGCCAUCCGGGGGGCCGCCAGAUCGCUGACACUCCCGAGGGGGAGCGUGGCUUGCAGCAGGAGCGACUGCAGCAGCCGGCGCAGCUUGGGGGCAGGGCGAUCUGCGCUUACCUAGCAACAGUUGUAGACGGGAAGAGCGGGGCGGCAACGAGGCAGCUAAAGGAGAUGUCAUUCUUACAGGACUUGGCGGACACGGAGUCGGAGGAGAGAGACAGAUCUUUCAAGGCGAGCGUCGAACACGUCGGCGAACCCUUGCUAUCCCAGCGAGAGGUGGAGAGAGUCCUGGAAGAACAGAGACGGGGCGAGCAGGAGUUGUUGCGGAGGAGGCGCGAGAAAGAACGGGAGUCUCUUCAAACUUGCCUGAAGGGGCCCAGUGAAGUCGGGGAGAGGUGUGCAAGAGCUUCGCUGCUGUUCACCGCGGAAGGCACCCAAGGGGUCGGUUUCCGGCACAAGCCUGACUGGGACUUGUACAAGAACGACGACUGGGGGAGGCGGAGGGAGGUACUUCGGCGCCUGGUCAAUCUGGUCGGCGCCUGGAUUAUUCGGAGAAGGGCCGGAAGGCGACUUGGGGCUAUUCAGGCUCGACUAAGCGGUCUCCGGGACAGGGCGCAGGUGGCGGAGAUGGUGGAGCGCGACAACCACGAGGCAAAACUUAGCGCUGGGCCUCUGGCGGGCACUUCCCAAGAGUCCUGGAAACCCAUCGCCGACGGGGGAUCAUCCGCGAACGAGAACAACGACUACGGUGGAGACGACGGCGGCUGGGAGUUCCCCGAUCUCCUGGUGACGUCAGAAGCGCUUGCGGCGGAGAUGCUUGCGGAGUCGUCCGCAGUAAGAACGACAAUGGGCACAGGCAGCAGCGGGACACAUGGGAGCGGGGGAGGAGAAGGAGGAGAUGGGCAAUACACGAGACAUUCGGCGGCGCCGCCACCCCCGCCGCCGGAGUUCCAGCUGUCUGCUGAAGACGUCGACCAGUACAGGUUUCCUAUCUACGACGAGGGGGCCGCACUGUCUAGGAGAGAGGAGGUGGUGGACCCGGUGGGACCCCCGAGCGACUUUGUGGACAUCGAUCUAUUGCCUCUGAAAGAGCCGGAGCCGAGAGACGAAGAAGCAGAAGAACGAGGAGAUGGAGAGUCGGAUCUGUCUGCCGAGUUCGGUCGGAAUGCGUCCAGUAACGGUGUCCGUUCUGCCUCUGGGUGGCGCCAGGGGCUGUCCACGACCGAGCGGCGGCCAAGCAAGGCUACGCUUGGGAGAAGACGGAGUUCUGUCGGGCUCAGGUAUAAGGGGUUCCUGCCCGAGCUCCCAAUAGAUGAGGCCAGCCCGGAGUGGUGCCUGCGUCCGCAAGAGAUCCCACGGGAGGUCCCCGUCACCAAGGGCCUCCUUCUAGGAUACUCGCCGGGCACCACCACGCUCCGUGCCUACGCCAACGCGCCUCGCCUCUCUAGCUUCUGGAAACCCAAGCGCGAGCGUCGCUCCUCCGGCCUGGCGUGCAUGAGCGGACAGGCGUCCAGAGGCGUGUGGCGACCCGCCCGAGCGCCACCGCCGCCGCCGCCGCCGCCGCCGAAUUGGCGCGGAGAUGAAGGAAACGGCGUUCGGGGCACCCGCGUUGUCGGCGGUGUCGGAAGCGUUCUUAACAGAGCGUCGCCAGGUGACGAAGCUCCUGCUGUGCGUCGCAGGGGGGGCGACAACACGUUUAGGCUGGCCGCCGACCACGCUACGGUCGCGGCCGCCGCCGGGGAUGAGCUUAGCGACAGCGAGAGUGAGGACGAGGAGGACGACGCCCCGAUGCCCACUCCUGCCGACGCUCGAACAGUGUUUGACGACACGGUGGCAGGGCGCGUCGGGGAAACGGGAAUGUCUCUGAGCGGCAGCAGCUACACCGACCCCCCUCUUAACAGCGACGGUGAUAGUGCCGCUUGUGUCAAACGCGAAGGAAGGCUCGGCGGGGAUGUGGGUGGAGGAAAGGUGUUCGCCAGGGAUAGGGCCACGGCGGCCUUGGAAGACGCGCGGAGAACGAAAAGACUCAAGGACGCCGAGAGGCUAGCGGAUAGCAUGGUCGCCAUCGGAGCAGAGGUCCGAAACGUCAAGCACGCGUUCGUCCUGCAAACUCCAUUCCACCAAAUUCGACCAACAGAGCCUGAAAGGACAUGA